GUCAAAGUGUCGCAAUGACGCAAGCCGUCUGACACACGGGAAAAAUCCUUCACGAAUUCACGAUCUUUACCUUACCUCAUCUUUCAAAAUGGUGUGUCUAUCUCGCGCGUUUCCAUCCAAAUUCAAUCAAUUAUUACGAAAAUGAACUAUUAACUGUUUAACAAACACGCGAACUUUACAUUACACAAUUUAAAUUGCUAGUGAAAUUACGUUUAGGAUUGUGCGAAUGUGUUUUUCUAGUCAUUAUUUUAGAGUCAGUGCGAACUGUGAUGAUUGUGAUUUGAUUGUAUUUAGAGCGUCUUACCGCAACUAAAAUGGCUGGUGACAGACUCAUGUAGCGGCGACAUGUCUCAAGUCAAACACUCCGAUCCGGCGGCCGUGGACAAGCCGGACCGCCGACGCGGUGCGGCGGGCCGAGCGGCGGCGUUGCGGCGCGCGCCCUCCGACUCUGAUUGCUCCGGCGAGACCGCCUCGCUGUCCGCCGACAGCGGCGAGCGCCGCCCGCCGCCGCCGCCGCCGAGAGGGAAGUCUAGGAACCGGCGGCGCGGCAGCGAAUGGGAGGUGCUUGAGGGCCUUAAAGACGGGCAGCGCUUCGAGCGGCGGCCGGAGGUCUUCAACGGAUUCCUGCAUAAAAAGAGGAAGUGGCCUUUGAAAGGAUGGCACAAGCGUUUCUUCGUGGUGGACGGCGGUAUACUAGUGUACGCGCGCUCUCCCACCGACGUGGCGCGCGGCCGCCUGCACGGCUCUCUGGACGUCGGUCUGUCUGUCAUCUCGGCUAAACCUCGGAGACGAAGAAUUGAUAUCGACGCGGAUGAGUUCAUAUACCAUCUGAGGGCGAAGACGCCGGAUGUGUUUAGGACAUGGCUGAACGUGUUAAAAGCGCAUCGGUUAUACCGCCAACAUCUCCUGACGUUCGGCGCUCGCGAGUCUGUGCCCAAGAUCAACGCGCCGCUCGACGACCUGCCGCCCACAACAGACACUUCGUCUCGGCUGAUUAGCCCUAACGGCGCCCCCAUCCGCGGCCCGCAGGCCGGGUUCGUGUCGGGCACCCCUGGCGGCCGACUGGCGGGAUGGAUCGUCGAAUCAGGUGGCCCAUUGGAGAGCGCGUCUCGAGAGCUGGGGCAAGCCCAGCUGUCCGUCCAGCAGCUCCAGCGCUUGCUGGACGCGAUGCUGGAGAUACAGAACAUGCACCAUCACGACACAGAUCAGGUGUCACUAGAGGGCGCUUCACCGAACGUGAAGAAGGACCGGCGCAAGUUCGGACUCCGUAAAAAGAAGUCCAACAGCAAAUGUGCGUCAAUUGAGAUCGCGCUGCCUCACGUUGACUGCUCUAGCUCGCAUAUGGCUUUGUCGGCGCUCACGGCGCCACCGUCGCCGGGCGGAGGCUCGUCAUCCAUGCCCAACUCUGCCGCCAGUCUUCCCAUAGCGUUUCUUUCAACAUUUCUGGCCUCUACUUUAGUUCCAUGCGCAGCUGCUCGCCCGCAGUCCCUACCUGGUGCGGAAGCCCUAAGCGUGGGCACCGGCGGAGGCCCAACAUCAUUGACGAGCUUAACACCCGACCACCAGCUGAGAGAAGACUUCACUAUAUUGGCUAAAGAUUUGGUGACGAAUUUGAAGACUGUCGUCUCUACUUUGGUGGUGGAACGCGGGCGGCUCCGCGCCGCCAUGGAGGCGGCUGAGACGCCGGUGGCGGGCGGCGUGGUGGCGGCGUUGCGGACCAACCUCAGCUCCGCGCUGCAACAGAAUUCUGUGGUAAACACAGAACUGCGCUCACGGCUGUCGCGGAUCCACGAUGCGUCAGACCUCGCCGAGAUAUCGUCCGUCAACAACUCGGAUCAAUCCACAUUGCAGCAGGCGCCACGGCCCUUCCCUCAAUCCCUGAGCUACAGCUCGUCCUGCGUGUCCGCUUCCGAGUUCUUCGACGCUGAGGAACAUGAUGAACUCAAACCAACGGAGAUUAUCACCACUGAUGAGGCGGGUGUGAUAGAGCUGGACGGGGAUUCCUCCUCCGAAGCCGGUUCGUUAUCCAGCGAGGAGGGUUCGGCCAGCUCCGAUAACUCAGAUGGUGCGAGAUCAGCAGUGAUUCCAACAGAGAGAACCCCACUCCAGAACGGUUCAGGAACACUAACUACCAUCUACACGCGCCGUUCCCGAUUGCCUUGUCCAAGACCUACCCCAGCCUCGCCGAGCCUAUGGAACCUGUUGUACAAGAAUAUUGGGAAGGAUCUGAGUCAGAUAUCCAUGCCGGUCACUAUUAAUGAACCAUUAAAUAUGCUACAGCGCCUCUGCGAAGAGUUAGAAUACUCGGAGCUCCUCGAUUCAGCGUCGUCCUGCAACAACGAGCUGGAUCGCAUGUCGCUAAUAGCGGCGUUCGCGGUGAGCGCGUACGCGGCGUCCGCGCACCGCGCAGCGUCCAAGCCGUUCAACCCGCUGCUGGCCGAGACCUACGAGUACGUUAGGGGGGAGAGAGACUUCCGGUUUAUUGCUGAACAGGUGUCCCAUCACCCGCCGAUAUCAGCUUGCCACGCGGAAUCCCCUCGCUGGACAUUCUGGCAGGAGGCUCGCAUCAAGACCAAGUUCUGGGGCAAAUCGAUGGAAUUCCAGCCGACGGGCCGAGUCCAUGUGCGACUGACGCCUUCUGGCGACCAUUAUAGUUGGAACAAGGUGACGACAUGCGUCCACAAUUUGUUCGGUGGGCAGCGGUGGGUCGACCAAUACGGCGACAUGCACAUCGUGUGCCACGGCACUGAUAUUACCUGCAAACUGCAGUUCAUCAAGGCCAGCUCAUGGUCAUCGAGUCGGCACGAGGUGCGGGGGGUGGUGGCGGUGGGGGGGCAAACGCGCAUGCGCCUACAAGGUCGCUGGUCUGAGGGGCUGCAGGGCGGAGAGCGGACGCUUUGGAGACCAGGGCCCAUGCCACCAGACUACGAGCUGUAUUACGGCUUCACGCGCUUCGCUAUGGAGCUGAAUGAGUUAGAACCGGGGAUGCGCGACGUGCUGCCCUCUACUGACACUAGGUUGAGACCUGACCAGCGAGCUUUAGAAGAGGGAGACGUGGAUGCAGCAGAGCAGUUCAAGCACGAGUUAGAGCAGGCGCAGCGAGAGAGACGCCGUGACGGCGUCGAGCACACUCCGCUCUGGUUCAGAAAAACGAUAGAAGACGGAGAAGAGACUUGGGUGUUCACUGGCGAGUAUUGGAAGGCGCGCGAGGCGGGCUUCGCGGACACGCCGCGGCUGUGGUGACCGCGCUUAUACAUACACCGUUUGCCGCCGUGCGAGGUGCUGUGCUAGGUUGUGUCGCUUCGCUUAGCGUUCAAUUAGCUUUACACGACUAUAGCCUAUAUCGUCAAUAAUCCUUCUACUCUAUGUAUACUGUAAGGCCGAGGCGUUAGAGGCGAGAAUCGUCUGCGGAUU